UGAGACGAGCAGCUGGCCUCAUAAAGAACAGCGAAUAUCAACAAUAAUUCAUCUGAGAUUUUUGUUUUGCCAGCGUAAAUAGUGAACGCUAAAUGUUUCCUAGAUGCAUAAGGUAAUCAUAGGAAAGAAGCGUCUUAAGAGAUUGGUUUCUCUUCCUACAACGGGCACUAGAAAAUGGCGAUCGAAAGACUCCCGCGAAGGGCCGACGGGUUCGGUGAGUUUUCUGCAGUAGGAAUAUGAAAUGGGUUAAGCGAUCGGCUGUGAUCUAUUACCAAUUGGCUCUUUUUGUUAUAUGUGUGGACAUGUUAACUAUACCGUGUCAUUUUUGCAAACAAAUUUAUAACUUUACCGUUUAUCUGAACAUAUUUCUGUCACAUUACGCAGCAGUAUUUUAGAAAUAUCGUCACGGUGUCUAAAGGCAAACUAGCCUCUUAUUCUUCUUAUAAAAUUAUUCCCUUGUAGAUCGUUCAAAAGAAUGACUUAAUGUUAUGCUCAGGGUACAUUCUUGUGUUCUUUCAUUAAAGUCAUGGUAACUUGCUAGUGAUUCUUGACUAUUAGCUCUUCGAUGUUUCAAAAUCUUAUUUUCCUCUAAACCUUUUUAGGAAAAGCGCAAUUCGUCAACUAGCUUCCGUUCGUAAGACAACAUAAGGUUACGAGUGUGUUUCAAACGUUUGUAACCAUGAUCUCUUCGUGUUGAUGAAUGUGUUAUCGUCAAAGAAAGAUGUGGGAAAGAAAUUGUCUUAAUUGUUCUGCCUUUAUGUUCUGUGGGUAUUUCACGUCGUUAAGUUAAUCGAUUCUCUUUAUUUUUAUGUUUGUGAUGAAAAAUUUAUGAAUGAGGUGGCUUUUUUCUAUCCUUCUCUCACGUUAUGUUAUUGCUUAGAUCUACUUUGUUAAGAAUCAAAGUUGGAAUCUGACAGGAAUUAUCAAUUCCUGUGUAUCUCUUUUGACUGCUUAUUUCAUUUAGUGUUUGCAUUUUUAGCAUUCCUUGUGUUAUGGACAUAGUUUUGACAGUAAUUUUCAUCAAUUCUCUAAAUUAUGCAGGCUUAAUAUCAACACUAUAGGUUUUCACAGAUUUAAAUGGUAAAAUUCAAACCUCUAAUUGUAAUGUUUACAAAGGCAUUUGUUAAUUUUAUCAUGAUACAGUCAAACUUUAAUUAUCCAAACUUGUGGGAACUGGGCUAAAUAGUCCAAAUAUUGAAAGAUCCAGAUAAUUGGAAAAUCCAGAUAGUCAAAGUUUAUCUGUAUUCAGGUUGGGUAUUUUUUAAUUUUAUAAUUCCAAGCCUAUUCUAGUCUCCCCAAAUUAGAAGAAUUUAUCCUUGGCUACAUAUCACUGACACUUAAAUAAAGUUAUUAAGUGAUUCUGAAAAUCUUAAUGUCUCUACAGGGAUUUGGAAAACCAAGUGUUUACCAUGCCACAGUAGUAAUCUUCCUGGAAUUUUUUGCCUGGGGUCUUCUCACAUCACCUAUGUUAACAGUAAGUUUUUAUGUGAGAGUUAUUUCAUUGCUCUAGAUACUCAUGUUUAGGGGAAGAAUCUGUCCCAUUUCACACCACUCAUGACAUGAAAUUAGACUCUACAUGCUCCUAACCUUGAUUUACUUUCAUCGGUUGAAGAAAAACUAACUUUUUAAGUAUGAGGUAAGUCAGAUUUCAUGUUGUCUUGUGUUUGUUGAGUAAUACAUGUACACGUGGAUCACUGAUGGUGUCAAAAUGUGUUAGGAAAAAAAAAAACAAAUGGUGCAUGAGGCACAGUUGAGUGUGUCAUUGAUGCUUUUUACUACAUUUUGAUGUCUACUGUGAUUUAUUAUUUUACAAACCCAUGGCAACGAAGAAUCUCUCUCUUUCUUUUCAAUAUGAUUAAACAGAAAAAAUGGUGUUAAUGGUGAUGUCAACAAUGCAUUUGUCUUCCAGUAGAAAUAUAACUAAGAACCUCUCAAAGUGCAUGUAUAAUUCAACUUAUCAUCUAACCCUUUAACUCCCAAGAUUUGAUUGUUAAUUCUCCCCUCUUGCUUCAACUAAUUCCUUUGUAAAUUAGUUACGAGAGUUUGGUGAUAGAUCAAGAUAACAACUUCUACCUGUCUAAGUUUGAGUAUUCUUAUUACCUAUUUGCUCAAUAAUGUAUGAAUACUAUAGGGAGAAGUUACUUGUUAAUCACUUCUGGGAGUUAAAAUGGAUAAAUACAGUAUGAACUACACAAGUGUUACUUCUUUUUACACUCCUCUCCAUAGGUUCAACCCUUUAUCCUCUGCCAUAAGUUCUUGUCUGGGUAGUCAAUAUACAAUCUCUAACUGAUAGUGAUCUGUUAACAAGGAAAUUGAGGCUGUAAAUUUUGAUAUUUGUCAUGUAGAGAUGUUUGGUUCCUCUUUACAGCCAAAUUCUAGCAAUUUGAAAACCUUUUGAUCUGAUCACAACAUUGCAGAAAUUAUUUUGUCAACUUGGCCAUUCUACUGAAGGGUAAAGUGAAAAGUGUGUAAAACCAUAUCCUGAGUGAACAUGGUGCCUUAACCCUUUAACCCACAAGAUCUGAUUGUUAAUUCUCCCUUCUAGUUGCUACACAUUUCCUUUUAAGUUAGUUACAAAAAUUUAGCGUAAGAUCAAGAAAACACCAUCUACUUGAUAAGUUUGAGUUUUCCCAUUUGUUGCAUGAUGUAUAGAUAUUAUGGGGAUAAGUUACAGUACAUAUUAUUUGCUCUUAGGAGUUAAAGGGUUAAACCUUUAAAUCCCAGAUCUAAUUUAUAAUUCUCCUUACUGUCAACCAUACAGUUCUUAUAGUUUUAGUUCGGAGAAUUUAGUAUGGGGUCAACUAAUUAUUUCCAAAUUGAUAUUUUUCUUUAUUCUCAUCACUCAUCAGGUUGAUAUAGCAUGAACAUUGUAAGGAGAAAUUCUGUCUCGGUAACUCAUGGGUUUAAAGGGUGAACCAUUUUUUGUGUCUUCCUUGGAACAGUGAUGCAAUAAUUCAUAAACCCCCAAUCCUAAUUAUGUCAACCUGGUUUAACAAGCCAAAUUGUUCUAGCCAUUAAACAUAGAAUGUAUGGAAAAGAUCAGAGCCUAAUUGAAACAAAGCCAGAGUGUCAGACCCUUUGACAGAAUUUUUUGUUACAACAUUAAAUACAACAUCAAGCAGACAAGUGAUGAGAAUAAAGAAAAAUAUCAAUUAGGUGAUUAUAAGUUGAUCCAGCACCAAAUUCUCUGAGCCCCAUGUAACAUCAUAAGAAUUGUAUGAGAGACAGUUAGAAGAAUUACUGAAUUAAUGAGAUCUUGGGAGUUAAAGGGUUAAAUAGACUUCAUCAUAUCACAACUUUACUGCUCUGUGUAUGACAUCUACUGAAUUGUGCAAUUUACAAUUCUGCUGUAGCUUGCAUGUACAACAUUCAUGUACUGUGCAAUGAGUGAGAGGAGAAACCAUCAGCCCAGUCAAAAUGUGCCAACAGCCAGCAAUUUUGACACCUACAAUAAAAUAUCUGCUACUUACUCUGUACUUUCUACUGAAAUUCAUUGACAACAAAUUUGAAGUCUCUACCAUUUUACACUUUAAGCAAAAAACAAAGAACUAAAUGGAAUAAUUUUCUCCAAUGAAUAGACACAAGCAGAAAUAUUUUUACCAUCAAAUGCACCAGAUACCACCAUUUGAAGCAGAAACUUUCAAAGUUUUCUGGGUUUCAUGCCUCCCAACUCCCCAAGAAGGCAGGUGCCUUUGGCCUCUGCCACCUACAACUCAACUCAUCUUACCCACUACUAAAAAACAUUUUUUAUAUGCUGGAACUGUUAUGGAAGUUAGCUGAGUUCAGAUAUUGUAAACCAAAUACAGCAAUUUCUCUCUAACCUAGACAGUCAAACCAACAAUAUUCUGACAAAAUCAAACCUUUCUUGUCAAAAGGACUUGCCACCUCACCAUCCUGACACAAACUGUUGUCUAAGCCUGAUCAUGUUAUUUUUUUCAUCUUUUAUAUAUCUGUCACUUACAAUAACUGCACUUUGUGAUUGCUUGCAUAAUUGUGAUGUUGCAUCUGUUUUUGUUUUUGUGGACUUUAUUCUAUCAUGUUCACUAGGCAACAGUAAGUGUAGAUAUUGUUUGUUUGUAUUGGUUGUAUUGGUUUGUAUAAGCAAUAUCUGACCAAAAUGGAGGUGAAUGUUCGAAAAAAAAUAAAGCAUGUACUUAAAAUAAACUCUAUGUUCAUAAUUAGUAGAGAACCUUCUACAAUGCGUAUUUCCUAUGGCACAUGGACAUAUAUGAAAUGUUUUUUUAAUUUAAUUGUGGGCAUUGGUCUGGUCUAGGGCUUGAAACUUUGACUCUCUGCACAGCAGUGUGGCAAUCUGAAAUGUUCAUGAGCUAACCAAGCACAGUUGAAUUUUGCUUUUGAUUUCAAACUGGGUUACUGACACAGAAAAGAAAAAUAUCAACUAGGGGAUUAUUAAUUGAUCCAAACUUAAUUCUCCAAACUAAAUUCAAGAGAAUUGGAGGGGGCACAGUAAGGAGAAUUAUGACAGUGAUGUUAAGAAUGAAAGGGUUGACAAGCUGCAUUGAUAAAUGAUCAGUUUGGAAACAGUACUAUGUCAGGAGUAUGUUUUUUGUCUCAUCACUAGUGUGGGACAAAGAAAAAUUUCUGAGUCCCCAUGAGGAAUUGAACCUCAGACCUUGGGAUUCUGCUCUCCAAUGCUCCACCACUGAGCCACAGAGACUCUAUGAUGAGCAAGGCCCAUUAAAAAGUUCAUGUAUGACAUAACUCCUGCAUAUUGCUAAGAUCAGCAAUGUAGAUAGCAUUAUGUUCGAAAAAAGAAUGAGAAAGUUUGUAAGUUUUGCGCUCGGUAAAGAAAUACAUUUUAUGACUUUUCUAAGUAAAGGUAUUGUUUUCCUGACAGGUCCUGCACAACACAUUCCAGCAACACACAUUUCUAAUGAAUGGAUUAAUUCAGGGAGUUAAGGUACAGAAAAAUAUUUUUUACAUGCAUUUGCAAUGAUAAAGUUGCUUAAGAUCGUGGUGAUUUUCUCAUGUAAAUAUUAAGUGCUCAGUGUAAGUCUGUUAAGACACGUGUACUCAUUUCAAUGGUGCCAGGAUUUCAAUAAAUGUAAAAGCUAGACAACUCCCUCCUUAUUGGUGGAAUGUGUUUCACGAGUUGAAAUGAAAAAAUAAGUUUAAAAAAAUUGAGGCUAGCUUUUUUCACUGAAUUUUGUUGACCUGUGUGACAGAUUUUACAGUAAAAGAGGAACUGCUUGUAGUCUCUGAGUUCACUUACAAAAUAAUGAGGAAUUUCAAUUUCUUUUCAGGGAAUAUUAUCUUUUUUGUGUGCUCCACUAAUUGGUGCCCUUUCGGAUGUUUGGGGACGUAAAUCCUUUCUUCUUGUUACUGUUUUCUUCACUUGCAUACCUAUCCCUCUUCUACAAUUUAACCCAUGGUAAGUUAUGACUCUAUGCUUUUCUCCUGAAAUCAAUCUUAGUGCUUUGAAUUCAAAUGUCCACACUGCAUUGCCGAUUAUCUUUUUCCUUAUGACUGUUAGGACAAGAUGGUGGGUUUUUCCCCUUAUUACGGCUUUAUUUCUUUUCACAACUCAUUACAUACAAGACUACUACAACUAGAUAUAUACUGACGUAGAGGAAAAGGUUACAGCAUACAUACAAUAAAUUAAACUAGGUGCAUACACAGGGAAAAAAAAAGGAGAAAGAAGAAAAAAAGAAGGAAAGUUAAAGUUGCAACAUUAAAAAAAAAAAAAAAAAAAGGUGGUGUUUUUGUGGUUAUAUUCUAUUAUGUGGAACCUGUAUUUAGUAGUCAACCUAUAUUAAAGGGUUACCCCGCCAUUUUCUGUGGGUGACAGCUUACUAUAGGACUGUUCAACUGUGAUAACCAUUAAGCAGCUCCUAUUUGCCCUAAAGCUUCAUAAAGGUGGGUAUUUCAUCUUUUCCUGAAAGUAUACUUUGUUUUUCAGGUGGUUUUUUGCUAUGAUCUCAGUUUCUGGGAUGUUUGCAGUCACCUUUUCAAUAGCAUUUGCCUAUGUAGCUGACUGUACCGACGAAGGUGAUAGAAGCACUGCUUAUGGACUGGUAAGAUUUACUUAUCAGUAAAGCUUAAUCUGAUGGAUUAAUUCAUAGAUUAAAUUAUUGAAGGGGGGGGGGAGAGGGUCUAUUCUUAUUCUUAGACACCACCUUGUGAGGUGUCACCUUGUCACCCCCCCUACUCUUUCUUACUGUUGAUUCUGGAAGCUAUUCACUACCCACAGCACCUGUAGGAACAAAGUCCUUUCACCUAAUUCCUGUCUGGCACCUCUCAGACCACUGACAUAUGGAACAACAAACCCAACUUUAUGACUAAAUGCAGUCAUAUACUAAUGUGUAGUAAACCCAUUUAUGUUAUUGUAAAUUGUAAAAUUCUUCUGUUUUUCCCCCAGGUUUCUGCUACAUUUGCAGCAAGUCUAAUCAUAAGUCCAGCACUCGGAGGAUAUCUUGGUAGAAUAUAUGAUGACAGGGCUGUUGUGGCGCUAGCUACUUUUGUGGCUGCUUCAGAUCUGCUGUUUAUUUUAGUUGCUGUUCCUGAGUCUCUUCCUGAACGGGUGAGGCCAGCAUCUUGGGGAGCACCAAUCUCUUGGGAACAGGCUGAUCCUUUUGCAGUGAGUAAAAACAGCAACCUUUUCAACACGUUCUAUUUACAUGUAUUUUCUAACUCUGGUCAACAUAAAAAUUCACCUUACUGGUUUCCAUAUAUUUUCAUAUUGCUGCAUCAGUUGUGAUAAAGUGUGAAAAAAUUAGUCAAUUUGUAGAUCACUUUCUUGAUUCUCCUGACCUUUACCAGUGAUUUUGAGCUGGUAUUGUAAGGAGAAAUGUGAUGAGGAUCUUUUGGGGAUUAAGGGUUUAGGAGUGCCACCAAAUGUUGCUAUCUUCAAUUCAAAUAUACAUUGCUUGUGACGAGCACGAAAAGCUUUAACCCUUUACACCCCAACAUCAGUAUGCAUAUUCUCCAUACUAUUCUUUAUACAAUCCUAAGGUGCUGACAAGGAGAAUUUGUUUAUCAAUCAAGAGCACCUCUAUUUAGUGAUCAUUUCCCUUAUUCUCAUGACCUUAAUGUGUGAUUCAGUGGAGAUAUUGUAGGGAGAAAUUAGAUGCUAGUCACUCUUAGGGGUGAAAGGGUUGAAAAGGAAGUAUUAGAAAGUCACUUGAAUCUGUUCCUCAGACUAGCAAGUAAUUGUGUGUUGUUUUAUUUGUUUCUGUUCUAGUCUUUACGCAAAGUUGGCCAGGAUCCUAUAGUUCUGUUGAUGUGUAUUACAGUGUUCCUGUCAUAUCUACCUGAAGCUGGACAGUAUUCUUGUAUGUUUCUGUAUCUCAAGCAAGUAAGUCAUUCACAGAUGAAAGCUUUAUUGAACAUGCAAACUAUAACAACAGACCAUCCAAAAAAAAAACGGACGGCUAAAAUUUCCCAUAUGUGGACACCCUUUUCCGUUAAAAGAGAAUACUUUUGGAAGCUGGAGAAUUCUCCUGUGACUUAUACACAGAUUGAAAUUCUCUUUACGUAUUCAAUACACAUUUGAACAGACAGGUGGCGAGAAUUGAGAUUUUUAUCAACUUGAUUUAACUCCAGAUUCUGUUGGCUAGCGCUCAAAUAAUUGUAUGAUCAUCAGUUGGGAGUAUUCAUCUUAAAAUCUUUUAAGUUAUGGGGUUAAAUUAAUCUACAACAUAAGUAUUAUUCUACAAAACAUUUUUUUCAAGUUUUUUUUCUUCUUGUGGUCUUCUGCUAGGUUAUAAAAUUUACUUCAGACGAUGUGGCUACAUUUAUAGCAGUGUUAGGUGUAUUAUCAGUUAUCUCUCAGGUAAGGAUAUUAUAUUGUGUUGUUGCGAUUGAUCUCAGGUUAUCGCGUCUUUGAAGCAUACAACACUUAGCCCUUUAAAUCCUAAAAGUGAUUAACAUGUAACCUCUCCGUAUAAUAUCCAUACAUUAUCCAGCAAAAAGGUAUUGAGAAUACUCAAACUUACCAGCUAUAAGUUGUUAUCUUGAUCUAACAGCAAACUCUUGCAAGAAAAUUUACAAGGAAAUGUGUAGCAGCUAGAGGAGAGAAUCAAUCAGAUCUUUGGAGUUAAAGGGUUGAUCAGAUGACUACAGCAUGCAAAGGACAUUCCCUCCCUAGGCUGUCGGUCAAAUGCAUUUAUUUCUUGCUUCUUUUAAUGACCAAUAAUCGUCGAAAUGCUCGCUGCACAGAUAAAAGAAAAUGUGGUUAAUUUGGCUUGCGGGUAAGCGCCACUUUUUGGUUUUUUUUUAGGGGAGUCAGAGGGAAGUGUGACGAGAGCGUGACUCGGCGUGAACUGCGAGUCAGGCACGAGAGCCUCGCGCUUGCCUUCGCUUUCCUGAAAAACGCAGGAAAAAAGCAGAAAGAAAUACGCCUAUCCCGUAGGCGAAUUUGAAUUCAGAAUUUUAACCUAUGUUCUUGAUAAAUUAUGUUUACAGAUUCUUUUGUUUUGUUCUGUCUUCAGACUGUAGUCCUUACAUGUCUCAAGAAAACUAUAGGAUUGAAGAAUUGCGUUCUUAUUGGUUUAAUAUUUGAAAUUCUUCAGUUAUCUUGGUAUGGUCUCGGAACUCAGUUUUGGUAAGUUGCUACAAUUUUCAGUUGAGUUUCCAAAGUAAUACGGGAUAGUCUGUGGCUCAGUGGUAGAGCAUCGAAGCGCGGAAUCCUAAGGUCUGAGGUUCGAUUCCUCAUGGGACUCAGAAUUUUUCUUUGUCCCACGCUUGUGACAAGACGAAAAACAUCUUUUCCCCUUCCUUUACCGAGCUUAAAACUUACCAUCUUUCUUCAUGUAACUCGGAAAAAUGCGCAACAACGGUGCGCGCAUAGAACGCGUACUGUCCAAUGACACAGGCACGUCGCUACACUGUCCUUUUACAAGUAUGAAUCGUAAACUGUUCUAUUAAGGCUCAAAUCGGGCUGGUGAUACCCAAUUUGUUGUAAUUUUGAUUAAAGUGAAAUGUUGACGCAUCCACUUGAAUUCUUUCUCGUCUUCUUUGUGUCUGUAGGAUGAUGUGGGCAGCUGGAUCCCUGGCGUCAAUAUCGAUGAUAACAUAUCCAUCCAUGAGUGCCCUGGUGUCCUGUAACGCUGAAGCUGAUCAGCAAGGUAAGUCCACUGGUUUCCUAACGAAUAGAGCCUUUAAAAGUGGUCCAGAAUUGCAUUCUGCUUAGUGAGUGGUCACGGAAAUCUUGCUCUAACCUCUCAGCCAAUCAGAGCAAGACUUAAAGCAGUCGUUACUGAGAUGUCCGCGAUUUCCCGCACACGAGAUCUUUUCCAUGUUCUAAACACUAGUUAUCAUUGGCUCCAUUGGCUAAGUUCUCAUUGACCUUUGUUUUAAUAACCGUCUUUCAUGGAUUCAAGGUCAGGUAACGGUCUGAGAAUAAAAUUGUCCAAGGUCUGAAAAAGAGUCUAUUAAAAUUGAAGAUUUACAACUCUUAACUGUCGUUUUAGUCUGGUGGGAGAAAUUUUAGGUUUAUCAGGAAACGAUACGGAAAAAUUCGCGGCAACUUUAAGGAAGGAAAAUUAUGGCCUUUGACAAAGCAAAAGAACAGCGGGGAAGUUUUGUCAAAUCUGCUUUUGUCGGCGAGAAAGCGAGCUGCCCAUUCAUUUGACAUUUAAAGCAAGUAUGUUACAUGAUACUCGGUGUCAGCGGACAUCCGCCCUAAUUUUCUUUGUGUCCGCUUAUGGGAAGAAAUCCUCGUAGUCGGACAGUUCUAUUAGCAGACGCUUUUUCCAAUUCCCGAGGAUGUCCACUUACAAAAGAGUUCACUGUCGUUUUGAUUCACAUCGCCCCGUAUUUUGUUGGAUAAUACAGUCGAGCCUGUAUUAAACACGAAGGCGCGCUAUAAAAGGAGAGGUGCCUCAGAUACCUCUGGAUCAUUUGUCAAUCAACCGUCUUGGCACCGGAUUAAGCGGUCAGUUGUUAAAGUGCCGACAUUCUUACCUUCUAAACACUGCAAUUUUCAUCUUUAUUCACCUGUAUCAAGUGGUACCUGUCCUAAACUCUCAUUUAAAGUGGAACCACUCAAAUAAAAAAAGAACAAGCUUUUAAGUAUUUUUAAGUAACCCAUGUUUUUCUCCCGAAAUCAAUGUUGGUGGUAUUUUGCGCGAGUUUUUGUACAUCAAGUGGUUAAUUAAGUGGUCAAUUAGCGUUUUUUCCCGUGUUUUACAACACCCUCAUCCUGUGGAACCUGUUUUAAGCAUUCCCCAUGGCUGACCGCUAAAUACAGAUUACCAACACAUCUGAACCAGGUAUUCUCUUUUUUUUUCUAUGCCAGGUGUGGUUCAAGGUAUGAUAACAGGAAUAAGAGGCUUGUGUAAUGGCAUAGGACCUGCUCUUUUUGGUUUGGUGUUUUACGUGUUUCACGUGGAUUUAGAAGACGAGGAAGGUCCAACUGUCGAUAUCACUGCUGCAAGUAAUCACACCAUUAUGGAGGACCCGUACGGCAAGGUAUUGACAAUAUCAGAAUGCUUAUUUUUUACACUGUUCUUAUUUGCUAUGGCGAACAAGGAGAAUUUGGUAAACAAAAAAGAGCUUCUUUAGUUAGUAACCGUUUUCGUCUUUCUCAUGACCUGCAAAUACAGUAUCAUACAUAUAGUAUAACUCCUGAACAAAAGAAAUGAUCAAGAAUAGAAGAGGUUCUCAGUUGUAUAGUAAAUUUCCCUCUUCAUCGCCAUAGGGAUAUGUGUAAAGCAGGUACUGUCAGAGGAGAAAAUCAUUCUUUUUUACCUUGCUGUAAAUGUUUUUUUUCCGCAGACAAUCGUAUCUGGAGCACCGUUUCUAUUCGGCGCUGGCUCUGUUAUUCUUUCUCUUCUAUUGGCGUUCUUCCUUCCUGAUAACAGUGCUAAUUUUCAGCUUAGUGCACGUUCUCCAACCAGGAGAAACAGCGAAUUUAGUUUCCAAAGCGAGUGCGAGGCUAGUGGCUCUGAGUUAAGGGACAUGAAUACGUCAUCUGAUAAUGCACCUCUUCUCUGCGACACCAAGCCACUUUAGGACCUCAACGGUCUCUCAAGUACAACCAUGUACGCAGCGGAAAUACUGAUUCUUAUCUGACAAACAACCUUAGUUAGGAGCCCUUUUUGGAAGGCUCAUAGAAUGGAUGCAAGUUGAUCAAGACCCCUUGACGAAAGGAAAAGCGACCACGUAACACAUGCUGCGUCUUGUGAAAGCAGAACGUGAGAGACUUUGUAAAGCAAAAUGGAAAAUAUGAUCUUGAUUGACAACUGCAUUGUAUUUUUCUCAAAAGCACUAUGAACAAAUUAUUCAAAUUGUCCUGACACGGAGGAGAUGACCGUUAAAGUCUAGAGAGAGUAGUAGGGAUAGCUAAGUCAUAACGAUUGGUCUUCCAGGAGUAACAAACAACGACACAAGUCAGUUAUCCACGGUGUUUUAAAACCGUAUUGCUUUUUAGGUAAAGUUCAAAGCAAAGUGUUGAAUCAACAGAAUUUCCGUAAUUUAAUAAGCCUCGUGUUUGAAAGUGUCAAGUUUUCCCCUUCCCAAUUUUUUUGUUUAUGUUUUACAAAUUUCUCUGAACGUUUCGCUUUUUCGUGCAUGUUUUGCUUGACAGCGGUCGUUUCUUAUGUUUUCUUUCAACAUUUUCGCGAGAAAUUGACGCGCGGCUGCGCAAGAUUGAACCACUUGCGCAUGCUUUACGUUUGACCGCUGAGUUGUCACAUGCAGUGAAGCCGAAAAAUCAAAACAAUUCCUGAUUCCUUUAGACACUCAUA